GCUGGCCGCUAGGCUAUCACACACAUCAUCUCUGCCCUCCUCUGAGCGCGCUGUAUUUUAAGUAGCAGGUGUUUUAAAAACGGUGUUCAUUUCUUAGCCAGGCAGUACAGUAGCUCCCUCCGUCGCUCUCUCUCUCUCUGUCACACACACACACUAAACACUGCAAUGUCAGCCGCCAGCACCGAGACGAGCGCCCCGUUGCCUGCGGCCGCCAGCCGGGUGUUCUUCCAGCCGCUGGCCGGGGUAGGGUGCGCUGGGUCCGGACCCAUGCCGCGGGACGACCCCGUCCAGAGGAAGCAGGGGAAAGUGACGGUGAAAUACGACAGGAAGGAGCUGCGGAAGAGACUGAUCUUGGAGGAGUGGAUUAUUGAACAACUGAGCGAUCUGUACGACUGUGAGGAAGAGGAGAUGCCAGAGGUGGAGAUAGACAUCGAUGACCUGUUGGAAGUCAACAGCGAAGACGAGAGAGCCGUCAAACUACAGGAAUCCUUAAUGGACUGCUAUAAACCCACGGAGGUCUUUGUCAGUGAGUUGUUAGGGAGGAUAAGAGGAAUGAGGAAACUCACUGCUCCCACCAAGAAGGGUCUAUAAUGGAUGUCAACCAACCGCAACUCAACCAUAACCAGAUUUGGACAAGUAUAGACAAUUCAAACUCAUCUCAACCGCAUCGAAUCUCUCCUGCAACUCAACUACACGGACCGUCCAAUAGCUCAGUGACACACCCCAUUAUUAUCCCUUAAAGGAUAACUCCACCCCGCAAAAAAAUAUGUUGGUGUUUGUUUCAUUAGUCCAUUGUUGAUACAGUCCAUUGUUGAU